UGCUAACUCACGAUAACUCCGGGUAGAAAAGUAGAAUGUCAACGACACUUGACCAGAAGGCUGAGCUUUGGGCUCUUUUUACGGACGCCGUUCAGUGUGUAUUUGAACGAUGGACUGCAUUGCAAUUGGCACUUGAUCACCAAAUGGCUGGGAUAUCAACCGCCGAGCGACCUCAGGAACUCCUUGAACAUACGUGCGCAUUCUUUCAGCAAUAUCGGACUGACGUCAUGCCGCAUGAGAUAGCAGAGAAUUUGAAGGAUUUCUUUGAUGAAGUUUUCAACGCCGAGUUGGACGACGGUAGCCCAGAACAAAUUGGCAAGACGUUAGUUCGCCUGUAUCGUGACGUCGUAGUAGAAGGAAAGACGGAGGAAGUUUUGGAGAUGAAGGCGAAGGCGCAAAGCAGCGGUCGUGCUGCUGGGGAAUCGGUGAAGGCAGGUGACGGAGACGACAGCAGCGAUGACGAGGUUGAUGGUUCGACAGGUAGCGACGCCAUGGAGGUGGAUAGUGGACCUACACAGUCCGAGACGUCAAAUCGACGACCAGAUCCUGUCGUCGAUGAAGAUGGAUUUGAACUAGUUCAGUCAAAAAAGGGGAGACGAAGAAAUUGAGAGGCGGACGCUAAAGACCGAAGUUAUUUGCCAUUUGAGCACAGCAUUCAUCGCAUGAUUUUGUACAUAAACUGUUAGAAGCGUCGCAAUACAUUACACUUUUGGUAAUUUUGCAGGCGAAGGAAAUGGAUGUGGUUAGCCC